AUGGCACGUAAGCUGUUUGUUGGUGGCAAUUGGAAGAUGAAUGGCAGUUAUGGCCACAUAGACUCCUUUUUCGACACUCUCAAAAAGGCUGACACUGAUCCUAACGCUGAUAUUGUUAUUGGUGUUCCCGCCUGCUACUUGAAGUAUGCUCAGGAGAAGGCUCCGAAAGGGAUUAAGAUAGCUGCUGAAAAUUGCUAUAAAGUUAGCUCUGGUGCAUUUACGGGGGAAAUCAGCUCUGAAAUGAUAAAAGAUUGUGGAUGUGAAUGGGUCAUUCUUGGUCAUUCUGAGCGUCGUCACAUUUUCGGCGAGUCUAACGAGUUGGUUGGGGAGAAGGUAAAACAUGCUCUUGAUUCUGGUCUUAACGUUAUCCCCUGCAUUGGUGAGCUGCUCUCGGAGCGCGAAGCUGGAAAAACAAACGAUGUCUGCUUUUCUCAAAUGGAGGCUAUUGCCAAAAACGUUCCAUCAAAGGAAGCUUGGAAUAAGGUUGUCAUUGCUUAUGAGCCCGUUUGGGCAAUUGGUACCGGCAAGACGGCGACGCCGGCUCAAGCUCAAGAGGUCCACAAGGUUGUUCGUGAGUGGAUUCGCAAGCAUGUGGACGCCGGAGUCGCUGACAGAGUUAGAAUCCUCUAUGGUGGCUCUGUGACUGCUUCCAACGCCAAGGACCUGGGUGCUCAACCCGACGUUGAUGGAUUCCUUGUUGGUGGAGCCUCCUUGAAACCGGACUUUGUCACCAUCAUUAAUGCAAGAAGAUGA